AGGGGAGAGGAGCUCGGAGCGGUGCAGGCGAGCUGGGAUGCGGGAGUCCUGGGGGCUGAUGCGCUAGGGGCCGAUGGCUGCCCGGGGGCGGCGGCGGCUGCUCCUGCUGCUCCUGCUUCUCCAGGGGACCCAGGCGGCGCCCCCGCAGACAUUGAUUACCUCACCUCAGUCCUGUAAUGUGCUAGAGAACAGGGUCUAUGAUGAAACUUCCCAACGCUGCUGCUACCAAUGUCCCUCAGGCUACCAUAAACGGAAAGAGUGUCCCACAGAUCCAGACCGGGACUGUGGGCAGUGUGAGCCCGAGCACUUCCUGAACAGGGAGCAAGGGAAGCCACACUGCGAGCUCUGUGUGUCGUGCAAGCCAGAAUACAACCUUGUGGAAAAAGUCCCUUGCUCCUUCAAUUCCAGAAGGGUGUGUGAGUGCCAAGCAGGACUGUUUUGUAAAGUUGCUGUUGUGAACAGCUGUGUGCAAUGCAUUUCCCACACUGUCUGCAAGCCAGGAUUUGGAGUCCUAGCCAGAGGCACGUCAGAAGUUGAUGUCACUUGCCAAGAAUGCCCUUCGGGGACCUUCUCUGAUCGGCACUCCAGCACCGAACGCUGCAAACCCCACACAGACUGCGCCAAGCUAAACAAAGUAGCUGUGGACAGCGGAAAUUCCACACACGACCAAGUCUGCAUGGACCCGCCUCCUACCCACCUCACACCCGCCUCUUUGUCUGCAAAAUUCAGCAACAGGCCGAAGGAUUCCGACAGGGCAGAAGUGCCGCUCCUGAAUGAUCAGCCAAUGACCGUGACAGGCCAGCAUUCCCACACUGCCACAAAGCCAGUGACCAGCGCCAGCAUCCUCAUGAGUGACGCAGCCUCUGACGAUGCCAACUGGACCACUUCGGAAGCUGUCGGUGGAUCGGAUACAAAAUACGCAGCUGGCACUUCUCCUACCUCGGAUAUAGCUACAGAAGAGACUGCCAAGACAGGUGAUGGGAGCUUUGUUCCCUGGGGUGCGGUGGUUCUCUGCAGCAUGGUGCUUCUCGCUGGUAUGCUGGUGGUUUGGCAAAGGAAGGUUUGCAAGAGGCGAAUUUUCACCCCCAAUGGGAAGACUCUUGAUCUGUAUCCAGUCACUACAUGUAGACCCAAAUCUUCAAGUCAAGGUUCUGAUCUGAUGAAGAACUGUGCAAAGAGGUUCAGUAUGCUGAAAGCUGACAAAGAGUCAGAAGAGAGGGAGUUGUUGAACAGAACUCCCAUUGUGGAAACCAACAACAACUUGGUCUCCAUCUCAGAAAAAAAUCCCAGUCCUGACUCAAGCCUGACAGAGGUGAUCCAGAGCACUGGGAAUGCCACCGACUACCCUGCUGAUUCCCGAGUGAGGGACCACACGAAUAACCGAAUUGACAAAAUAUACAUAAUGAAAGCCGACACUGUGAUUGUGGGGUCCAUUUCGGAAGUGCCCGUCAGCAAGAACUGCGCCGUUAGAGGAUGUGAAAAUGAUGCUAAGGUUCAAGAAAACAUGGAGGAAAACGAACUUGCAAUGCAUUAUCCACAGCAGGAGACAGAAUCAUUUCCAGGAAGUGAUGUAAUGAUUCCGGUGGAGGAGGAGGGCAAGGAAUUUCAUCACCCUACCACUGCCACUGAGAAAUGAUGUCU